AUGAAGCUGAUCGUCUGCCCACCUUACAUGAAGUUGAUCGUCUGCCCACCUUACAUGAAGCUGAUCGUCUGCCCACCUUACAUGAAGUUGAUCGUCUGCCCACCUUACAUGAAGUUGAUCGUCUGCCCACCUUACAUGAAGCUGAUCGUCUGCCCACCUUACAUGAAGUUGAUCGUCUGCCCACCUUACAUGAAGCUGAUCGUCUGCCCACCUUACAUGAAGCUGAUCGUCUGCCCACAUGAAGCUGAUCGUCUGCAAACCUUACAUGAAGCUGAUCGUCUGCCCACCUUACAUGAAGCUGAUCGUCUGCCCACCUUACAUAAAGUUGAUCGUCUGCCCACCUUACAUGAAGCUGAUCGUCUGCCCACUUUACAUGAAGUUGAUCGUCUGCCUACCUUACAUGAAGCUGAUCGUCUGCCCACCUUACAUGAAGCUGACCGUCUGCCCAUCUUACAUGAAGCUGAUCGUCUGCCCACCUUACAUGAAGCUGAUCGUCUGCCCACGUUUGCCUGCACCUGA